UCCCGGCGGCCACCCCCGACCCCUAAACGCACUUGUUGCGCCUGUUUGUGAUCCCUUCAGUCCCCACGGAAUCCCUUCACGCGAUCGACCUAAUAAUUACUUAAUCGAAUCGGGUUGAACUCUCAUCAUACGGGUACAGUUAGUUUUUCACGCUAAAUCUUGAUCGCUUAUCAGUUCGUGCGUUACGUGUUUUCAACAUGUGAUCUCUAUAAUGUCAUAUCAAAAUGCUGGUGAAUCGAGGAUUUAUUUCGGUACUUUUUUGGAUAAGUGUUGGUGUGGUCUUCGGUGAAAAGUGGAUGUGCCGCGUGGAUUUGAGAACAACGUGUUGUGAAUUUGUGAUUAUGACUUGAUCUAAGUCUUGUCACCGGGUGUGUUUUUCGACUGUCGGAUCUCCCUCUUUUUGGAAAUGUGGUUUACCAGUUGGGAUCGAUGAAAUUCAGCUGGAGUCUCUCUAUCGCCUUCAGAAUUCCCAGGAGCACCGAGUCUAUCGUCAAACUUGUUCUCAUCAGUAUGGCGGAUUUUCAAGAGGUAUGGCAGGACAUCGAGACGGUCAUCCUGGGCAGCCCCCAAACCUUCCCGCACCUGGAGAUGGACUCCAGCCCGGGGACACCGGACCUCCACUCGAACCUGGGGACCCCCAUCUCGGGCUGCGACCCCCUCUGCGGCAACCCAGACCUCGACCGAGUCCCACCCCACGGGCAGACCCCGUCCGGGUACUACAUCGACAUCGGCGUCCACGCAAGUUCCUACCGGCCCAAACCCUGCUCCGGCCCCAACGAGCAGCUCACCCAACUCACCCCUCACGUCUUCUACUCCCUCCCCAACUCCGCCACCACCUCCGAAGACUGCUGCAAGCCGGACUUCUACGGAGACACGAACGCGCGGAUAAAAUCGGAACCAGAAGCCUCCACUUCGCACUUCCAACAUCAUUAUUACCCACCUUACAACUACGGGCAAGGAUCGUACGCGCCUGGCGGCGCGUCAUCUAGGUGUUUGGUAUCCCUUGGUCAGAUCUCCCCGCCGACUACCCCGGAGGUCAUGCGCGGCUACCACCACUCGCAACAACCUGAGUACUGUCCACCCCCCGAGCACCAUCACCACUUCAUGAUCAUAACACCGCCAUCGUCGCCAGACGGUGGGGAGGGCCCCGGCUACCAUCCACCCCCACACUACCCACUGGCCUUCAACCCGCGGACCCCUGGGCCCGGUGGAGGGCCUUUUAAGGCCGGACCAGGCCCCAAGUCCCGCCGGAGGCAGAACUGGAGCAGGAGGAAGAUUAUCGUCCAUACGUGCUCGCAUUCCGGCUGCGGGAAGACGUACACCAAGUCGUCGCAUUUAAAAGCGCAUUUACGCACGCACACGGGCGAAAAGCCGUAUCAGUGUGGGUGGAAGGGAUGCGGGUGGAAGUUCGCGCGCUCCGAUGAGCUGACCCGCCAUUACCGGAAGCACACUGGGGACAGGCCCUUCCAGUGUCGCCUCUGCGAGAGGGCCUUCUCCAGGUCGGAUCAUCUGUCCCUCCAUAUGAAGAGGCAUAUUACCAUGUGACCUCUGUGUGUGGGAGGUGGGGAAGCGAGUGUCAACUGGUCCUGUUCAUAGGGGAAAUACAGUACACUGAGAAAAAACUAUGGCUUAUUAACCAAAUUUGUGGUUCAUAUGGAACACCACUAAUAGUAGUAAAGGCAGCAUAUAAUAUUAGCACAUAUACCUCGGUAAUGGUAUACAUAUAGACCUUAGUAUGGUACGAGAUACCUUAGUAUGGUUUACAGACCGAGAAUCAUUAGUUCAUUUAUUAUUAUUAUCGGCGUUCCAUGAACCACUAAUAAUUGGUUUAUUAAGCCAUAGAUUUUUCUGCGUAUAGGUGAUGCCUAGUGAAGGAUUUGUUCCUAAAACCGACAUACGUUACACGGGAGAAGUGGUUUUGUGUCUGUGGAGCUAGAUCAGAUGGCAUCACCUAGAUUUUGGGUAGGUGGCAGUCUUGCCUAGUUCUGCGAGGGAUAGGGUGAUACCUACCUGAAAUCUAGGUGAUACUAUUUGACAUGUCUCCUCGGGCAUGAGUUGCAAGCCGUAUUUUCCAUGUAGUAAAAAAAAUAGGAAUUAGCAUGGAACAAAUUCAUGAAAAAUAUUGAAACUGUUAUCCUUAGGAAAUUUAAAAAGGUUUUGAUGGAAUUUUGCACCGUUUUUGGUCAUGUUGGACUGGAAAUUUGGUUCAAUUUGACGUUUCUUGGAUCCUUUCCCUGAACAUUGGGACUUACUUGAUGAAUAAUAUCACCUGCAAAGCUUAACACAUCGUCACCUCUUGUAUUAACUCUAUAGGUCUUGCCAUCAAUGAGAACAGAAUAGACCAUUGAAGUAGGUUAUAAUUUGAACACUGCAAUUAUUAUAUUGAUGCGAAGAGACUCGAGGAGCACGUUUCUUUGUUUACAAUGUUGAUAUCUGUAAGUUAUUUUAAGGGAAAACGUGCAACGCCAUUGCAGAAAAAUGUGUUCGGUAAGAUUAUUUUCCAGGAGAUAUAGGUGAACAGUCCGGUGAUUUAAACUUAAUGCAUCAAUAAUGCCAUGUCAUAGAAAAUGAGUUAGAAUUUGGCAGAAGGAUAUGAUUCCUGAACUAUAUUAAACCCAGUAUUUUCCUCAUAUAUUUUUUUUCGAAAUUAUGAACGUUUUGCAUUUUAUGCGAGGAGUACAUAAACUAAACAUUUUAAACAAACUCUUAAAUGGUAGGAUUUGUGAAUAAUUAAAUUCUCAAAAACUAUCUUAAUGCAACUGUAUUUUAACGAAGAAUAAUAGCGCAUAGUGCAUUAAUUCUUAAUCUGUUUCGAGUGGUUCAUUUGAUAGCUUUUUUUGAGAAAAAGUGGGAAAAGAAAAAAAAAUAAUCCAAUUUCUGACCAUCUUGCAUUUACGAUUUAUUUACAAUUCUACAGUACACGAAAAUUACCCUUAAAGGACCGUGGACACCGGUACGGCAUUAAGUAAAGUUAAUUUUAUACUCGUAUUUUCUGCAGUAGUCAAUCCAUUAUUUCACAAAUCGUUGAGGCAACCGACUUUUCUUAAAUUUUUCCUUGCUAAAAUAUAUUAAGAGAGAAUUCACAUCAAAAACUGCAAACUAUGCCUCGUGGCCAUCAAUGGGAUUUUAUAAUGAGGGCAUUGUAUGUAUGGUCAUUUGCCCGUUUUGUCGAGUAUUUUGUGGCACCUUGAGGCGGCUGUCUAAUUCCAUUAAGGUUGUUACCUAUUGAAUACUCCAAGGAGUGAGGAUAUUUGAAUUGUUUUCAGAAUAUAUUGUCAUGAAGGGCACACGAAUUAAAUUACCUUGGAUGUGUGACAAGACCAGCCUGAAGACAGAAGCGCAUCCGGAAUGGCCGUUAGAAUGAAGAGGUGUGAUGGUACUAGAAUCAUGGGAUACGUCCUGUCAGGUUGUAGAUCGGCGUGUCAUUUCACGGUACACAGAUAAUGUGUCAAAGCAUUGUUCUCGCUGCUGAAUGACCAUGUACCGUCCUUUAAUUGUUUGUUGUUGUAUGUAGCAUGUCUCUUUUCAGAUUCACAGCAUGUAAAAUGAUACCGUUGCUGAAAAAAUGGCCUCUCCUAGCUUUAGAAUAUUUCAUUCCCUCCCUCUCUUAUCAUAAGAUAAAAUAUUAAAGAUUCAAAAUAAAUACAUCUAUCAUUAAAAAGUUACUUGUAUCGUGAGAAUAACCCUGAACGUCAAAGUAGAACUCCAUUGAAAGUUUUUAUUCAGAUGGACGACAUUUAAUUGGUUAUUUCUUUAAAACCUGCUGACAUGUAAGGAUUUUAAAUCAACUUUCAAUGAUCAACCGCACUUUUUCGAAAAUAAUUUUUUAGGCAAACUUUACAAUUUUACGAGUCACUUCUUGAAUUUAACAUGCUUGACUUCUGUGUCAUUUAUUAUUACAUUCUGAUUCCUUGAAAUAUUUUAUUAUUAGACUGAAUUCACAAAGAUUUUCAACUUUGCUCCUCCGAUAAGUACUGUCGGAAUGUGAGGCCUUAAAAAUUUAAAGUGUUUUUGACAGGCGAAAUUGUAAAUUUCUAUGUGGAAGUUUAAAAAUCAUUUUUAUAAUUUGAUUAUUUGUCUAAAUGUCAACGCCAAUGUUACAAGAAACAACCAUAUGAUGCAACAUUCUAUUGUUGCCUCUGUUUUUACUACAAGCUGUUCAGCGUUUUCCAAAAAAAAAAAAAAAAAACAGUUAGCUUGAUCAUUUGAAUUUUAGAUUUAACUGACGCUUUUAUUUGGAUUCAACACGAUUUAAAAUUAAGCAGGAAAAACAUUUCAACUUAGAGUGCAUGAUAGAAUUAUCAGUUCUAGACUAAUGAGAACUUUAAAGUUUAAGAUUUCCUUGAGAGAUCAGAUUGGAAAUUCCGGUUAAAUAUUUACAGAACCAUGACCUCUUUUAAUAAAAAUAGUCAUUUUAAUGAUGUGACUAGAUAAAAAAUCUUGUGUAAGUGUAUCCUUUUCAUCAAAACAUUCAUUGAUGUUUUAUGUACAUGUAUAGUAUAGAGAGAAUUCUUGGAUGGUUCUUAAAUUUUACAUUAUUUGGAAACAAAAUAUUAGAAACCAAGCCACAUCCAGUUUUUUAAGUGUGACAAAAUUUGUUCACAUCAAAAUAGCGCGUGAAUAAGUUCCUACAACAGAUAACUUAAGAGUAAAUAUUUAGGGGAAACAAAAAAAAUCUGCAAUUAUUUUUAUGAAUUUCUUUUAGUUACAUAUAUUUCCUGAAAUGUUUUCAGCAUACUGAAAAAAUUUGUCUACAAACUUGAAGGUCUUCAUGAAAAGUUGUUCAUAAAAGUAAAAAAUUUACAAAGUGAAUAAUACACAUCAGAGGUGAGAUUUAAUUAAACAAAAUAAAUUUCUAUCAUCUAGGUGACUUCUGGAAAUGUAAUGUCUUUGAAUAAGUUGCUCUUAAUCUAUGGUAUAGAAGAAUAAGUCAAACGAAUACAGAUCCUUUGAAGUCUUUCUAGUCACUGAGCUGGUUUACUGACAUUAAUAUGGAGUUAUACUAUGACUCCAUUGGUGGACGUAAACGACCUCAAAUGUAACAACGUCCUAAAAAUCAAACUAUUAUGACCAAAGCAAGAAAUUAUUAUUUUACCAAAAUAUUGUAAAUAAAAUAUACGUGUACAGUUCUUUUUUAGAUUAUAUGAUGAUUUUGCAAUUAUUA